AUGCAAAAGGCCAGCUACUACACCUCCCCGCUCUUUGGGACUUACUCCUACCCGGGGGCAAACGGCUUCGGUUGCGAGGGCCCUUCUCUGCAAUCCUUCCAGCCCACGGCUCACGUGGAGAGCGAUUACCAGCGGCCCGCCUGCACCCUCCAGUCUCUGGACAACGCGGCCCCGCUGGCCAAGGCGAAGGACCUGAAUGAGAGCUGCCUGUGCCCCAGCUUGCCUCAGGAGCAUCACCCGCCCCCGCCACCCACCAACCCCAUCACCACCGGCAGCGGCAGUACCACAUCCAACACCACCGGCGGCAGCAAUAACCAUAGCCAAUCGGGGGCGGUCAAAAGUGUCCCCAGCAAAUCCAGCCUGGCCUCUAGUAACGCAGCCCUCACCAAGCAGAUUUUCCCCUGGAUGAAAGAGUCGAGGCAAAACGCCAGGCAGAAAAACAGCUCCCCCUGUGCAGUUGGCAAUGGAGGAGGAACAGGUGGUGGGGAGAUUUCUACAAGGGGGGGGAUGGGAACUGGGGGAGGUGGUGAGAAAAGCCCUCUGGGCUCCUCAGCUUCUAAGAGGGCCCGUACAGCUUACACCAGUGGCCAGCUGGUUGAGCUGGAGAAGGAAUUCCAUUUCAACCGCUACCUUUGCAGGCCGCGCCGAGUGGAGAUGGCCAACCUGUUAAACCUCAGUGAGCGGCAGAUCAAGAUCUGGUUCCAGAAUCGGAGGAUGAAAUACAAAAAGGAUCAGAAGUCAAAAGGCAUUGGGACAUCCUCCAGGGGGCCUUCCCCCUCAGGGAGCCUGCCCCAAGCCCUGCAGGCCUCUGCAGGCCUCCUGAACGCCCUGCACCCCAUGACUUCAAACUAUGAAGCACCAUCUCCGCCCUCCUUCCACAAAUUUCACCAGAAUGCCUAUGCCAUGCCCUCUGCCUACCAAAACCCCAUCAAAGGAUACCUCAGCCAACAGAAGUACACCUACAUGGCACCCAAGUACGAUUCUCAUGUCUUACAGGGUAAUGGGGGUGGCAACUAUGCCCCCACCAAUAUGCAAGGCAGCCCAGUCUAUGUGGGUGGCAACUACAUGGAUUCUAUGCCCAACUCUGCCUCAUCAUUUUACGGGCUGAACCCCCUUCAACAUCACCACCCUGCAAGCAUGGAGUACAAUGGGGCCCUCCAGAUGGGCUCCAACCAGCACCAUGGGCCUUGCAAGGGUAAUCCGACCUAUACAGACCUUUCUUCUCUCCAUGCUUCUACUCAGGGUAGAAUCCAAGAGGCGCCCAAGCUGACACAUCUGUGA